AUGGCGGCGAAAGGCGAACAGGUUCUUGUCAUAGCUUGUCUUCUGACAUUUUUUCUAAACCAUUGCUUAUUUGUAUCCUGUCAGACUUCUCCAGUUAAUAUUGAAACAACAACCAAUGAUGUUACAACGACUGGAGCACAGACUACUGUCGAAGAAUCCACAGUUACUACAGAAGCAGCCACGACACAGGCCCCAACAACUACCACCACACCGUUGCCUACAUUACCACCAACUAUAGUUGCAUCUGUAACAGAUAUAGCACCUUGUCCAUGUGAUCUGACUGGGAAUGCUUGUGAUGUCAACUGUUGCUGUGAUUUGGACUGUACAUCAGAUGAUAGAGACGUAUUUUCUGGCUGUGUAGAAAGCUCAGGGAAUGUUGACGACAGAAUCUGUGUACAGAAAGAAAUUUUGCUGUUGGAGAAUGCACCAUUUCCAAAGAACUAUACACAAGAUGGAUUGUUUUGUAUAUAUUUUGAUAAUUAUGAUAAGAGGAAUUAUUACAACAUACCAAGCUUAAUCACAGACACUACAACUUUUGAAAACUAUGUUAGUAAAUAUGCUGGAUAUACCUAUGCCACUGAACAAACUGGACAGUCAACUAUUAAUAACUUUUACAAGGUUGGUGACCCAGUGUACAUUGUUUACCAGAGUCUUGCAACAGGUUUUCUUGGACUUCCUAGCUCGCUUACAUCAACAGGUUGUUCUAAUAGUCCUGUAGCUUAUUUGAAAGAUGAAACAUCAUCGUGUGUUAGACAGUUUACUACAUUAAACCAGGCUACAUGUGAAAGUACAACAUCAUUCAGUGCUCCGUCGUAUUACACAGGAUUCAGGGUUGUUACAACUCCUUAUUUAUUUACAUAUAUUGUAAACGGAACAGUUAUUACAACUACAACUCAAUCUACAACAGUUACGACAACCACUCCAUCACCACCAGUUUCAACCGAUAAUUCAACAGCAGCUGUGACAGUUCCUACAACCACGACUAGUGCUGCCACCACUACAACAGAUACUAAUAUUACCACUACUGUAACUAUAGUAACCACAGAACCACCAACAACAGUGGCUCCAUUCCAGAUUGACCUAUACAAUAACACAUACACAAUAGAUAUAGGACUAUCUACAGUACAGUGCAGGGACAGCACUGGUAACAACAUCACAUGUAAUUUCCCCACAGGGACAGUACCAGCUCCAACAUACAAUACUGGUACUGCAACUUGUCAAAAUGUUGUUACACAGGUUGAAUAUGAAAUAACUUAUGAUGGAACUAAUGGUAUAUCUACAGCCAAUGUAAAAUUUGUACUACAAGAUAUUACCACUUCUAACCUACCACUAUCUCAGACAUUUACAUCAAAGUUUACAGGGGUGAAUGAUGUUAAUGUUACAGAAAGAAGCGGUAACCCUGGUUACAUUGUUGGUAAACCAGUUCGAGCUGGUAUCCGGUAUAUCAAUGAAUCAUUUGGUAACAGGAUGAUCAUUGUUGAGAAUGGGUAUGACUUGUCGUUAGUUAAGUCAUCUGCUGCAGGGACAUGUUUGACAGAUGCUGGUAAUAGAGUACAAGUAAACUUUGGCCAGGAGAUGAGAUCGGGCUGUCUUAUAAGGUUUAACCUAGAUACAGUAACUGUAGCAGAAUAUUGUGAUGCUAUGCAGCAAGCUAUCAACGUUGCUCUAGAAGGAAGUAGUGAUUAUGUCAAUGUAGAACCUAUUAAAAAUAGAUAUGUAGCUACGUUUGGCAACUCUGAACCAGAACAGACUGGAGACUGGGUUCCUAUUCUACAGUUUCCAGCAGGAACCACUACUUCAUCACAAAGUUUGGAUGGGCCAUCAUGUCAGUUAUCUAUGGGAAUGCAUAUCCAGAUAGUGUAUUCAAAUCUUGGUUCCAAAGCUAAUCCUCAGGCAAAGAUACUUGGAGUGGGUUUCACUUAUGAUCAACUACAAACAAUUACUUACACUUGCUCAGGAAGUACCUGCCAGCCAGGGAAUGCCAAUGUAGAUCAGUCGUUUGAGAUCAGUCAGUCUGUCUCUUUUGUAGACGUGUCAGCACCAGCCACUGGAGCUGUUGGUGAUGCUCCUAUAUUUAUUGCCAAAGUGCCAAAUGACUUCUUCUAUCCUUUUGGUACUGGUGCUGGAAGCUCCAUCAGACUUGCUACACCAUACUUGUUUUGUAUAGCUUUAUUUACAGUUAUUGUCAAUACAUUGUUUGUGUAGCAUCAAUAGAUUUUAGGUUUUCUAUUUCCAUAUUGAUCUGUGAUAUCAUAAAUUUAACCAUUAUAGUGCAGGAUAUAACUUAAUAAUUUAAUUUUGGAUGUAACGCGUCUUCUGAUUGGCUGACGUUGUUUUGUUUAUCAGCUCAUAGACAUAAUUUUGUCAUGUGACCGUGACGUCAUCAACAUUUUUUCAUGGUUUACUCCGGUUUAAAAUGGAAUUUAGAAUUAAAUUAUAAGAAAUGACUGAAAUAUUUUUUCUGUCUAUUCGAAAUAACAUAAAAAAUGUGGUGCACACUUUAAAAUAACCCGCUACGCGGGUUAUUCAGUGCGCACCACAUUUUUGAUGUUAUUUCUUCAUAGACAGAAAAAAUAUUACAGUCAUUCCUUAAUUAAUAAGAACUCAAACUUUGUUCUGUUCAAAUCAUAGAUCAUCAAUCAGAAUAUAUAUUGAACAUACAUGUUGGUGCUUUUUACAGGAGAAACUUUAGACAAAAUAUCUGUGCAUUAUAAGGAGGGAUUAUCUCCGUGUAUUAUAUGGAAUGGUUGCACAAUGAAAAAGUUAGAUUUAAAUAUACCUAUAUAUGAAAUUCCAGUACUAGUAUGAAGGUAUGCAAGCAUUUUUGAAGUAUUAUAUUUGCGCCAAAUAAUGUCCUGUGAAAAUGUACCAACCUUAACCUUACGAGGACUAAUUAACCAAUAAAGAAUGAUUGUCAUAAAUGGACAGUACCAACUUUAAAUACCAAUUAAUUAAUUUUAAAAUAUAAUAGCAUAAAUAUGUUAGAUAACUUUGUAAUGAUUUAACUCUUUGGUAUUCAGAUGUUCUGAUAGUUAAUCAUUGUACCAGUUGCCAUCCCUACUUCAUUUAUGAUAAACUUUUUUUUUGACAACUUGUGAUUCUGUAAAUUCAAAAAUGAAUGCAUGCAUGUAUAAUGGUGAAUCCCUGAAGACCAUCCAAAAUGACAGAUAAAUUAAUGAGAAUUAAUGGCAUUUAAAACUUCUAUUAUGCAAAACUUAAUUUCAGAAAAAUGUGAUUUUUUGUUAGUGGGAUGAAGGUCUUUUUGCUAUUUUAGCACUGAUUGAAAUAUUUUAGAAUUGUUGGAUUUUACUGGAGUUUUUUUUUAUUAUACAGAAUGUUUUGAAGACAUGAAAAACUAUUUAUAUGGCAUUGAGAAAACAUUUUUUCAGUUUCAGUCCAGAAAUUCUUCUAAACAUAUUUUUGGUUUAAAAAAAGCAAAUUCUAUUCAGUUGCUGUCUUGAAAUUAUUCUUAACAUACCAAAGGUGUCAAUCAAAAGCCUUUAGUCAAAGAUAAACCAACAACACCAUGGUCAAAGUGUUAAAAAAAGGGAAUUUUUACAGCAAGCAAAAUAAUAUUGAUAAUGACUGCCCCCUUUUGCAAACAAUUUUUGAAUAGGCCUGACAUAAAUUUUGUUGGAAAAUGAAAAAAAAAAAAAUUACCUCACCUCAAAUUAUGUAAGUUUGAAAUUGAAGAAUAUUAAGUGAUUAUAAAUGAGAAGAUAAAAUCUUGUAUAUAAAGUCAUUUUUGUAUAAAAAGUAUAAAAUGUUAGCUCUAUUUAUUUUUUAUGAUUGAUUUUAGUAAGUUUUCCAACAGAUAUUUAAAAAAGCAUCAGAAUUGUAUUAUAAUACAUAUAUGUAUGUUUAUUGAACUAUUAUGAGAGUGAGUGCUAGGUGAGAAUGUUAAUAUUUGUAAGUAUAUUUUUCUUUAUAUAUCACUGCAACUUUUUGCUGGUAUAUUAAUUUAUUGAUCUGCCUCAAGAUUUUUAAAUUUAUCGAAACAUUUUAUAUUUGUUAUUUUGUUUUGUGGACAUGUUUGUUAUUUUGUCUCUUCUAACUUAAGUACAAUAUUCCUUAUGCAAAAAAAGGCAGUGUCUAUUCUUCUGGCUAGCCUGGAAAAUAGCAAACAUGUCUAUUCUUCUGGCCAUCAGGAAGAAUAACGUUUCUCUGCUAUUAUGCUAUUUUUCUGACAAUGUAUAAUGAAUAUGUUUUUGGUUAAGUGGAUACUGUAGUAUCCUGAGUGGAGAAUGUAGUGGCAAACAAUUUUCUCCCGUGCAAACACUGAGAAUUGCACAUAGAACUUUAAAUUUUUUGCCAGUUCUCUGUGCGGACGUUACUGAUUAUACAUUCAAGUUAUAACAUUCUUGAAAAUAGUAAUAAUGAAAAUAAAAUUAAAAUGUAAACAGAAUUGCCAUAGUAAUAAACUCCUCAUGUACCAAGUUAAUUUAUUUUUGUACAUGCUGUUUUUUGGAAUACACCGAUUCUCCAUACAUAUAAACAGCAUGUCAACAGCAUGUCAAGAGAAACCUAAAAAAAGAAUAUCAACAACAUCGAUUGAUAUGCAACAAAGAGCUUCAUAGGGAAUCAGGGCUCUUCUUUUUAUACUCUACCUAUAGGUCCAUAUCUGAAGUUUGUUAAAGUUUUCUUGAGUACAUUACACUUUUAUACAGGUUAACUGUUAUAAGAAAUAUCAUGAAAAUUUGUUAUGCUCAUUAUCAAGUUAAAAAGGGGAUGCCCAAUUUGAUAUUCCCGUUCAGCCAUCUCUUUUCUCCAAACUGGUGAAAACUGAGAGAUUGUGACCCAAAAAACAUGAGAGAGGUAAGUUUAAAUUAUGGCAUACCACAUUAGAGCAUUUAGAAAUAUUUAGAAUUGUUGUUAAGUCUUCACUUCAUUUUGUCAUUGUUUGUGAGCUGAAUGGUGAGUAAUGUUAUUUAUUGCAAAUGUAAUUUAUAAUGUAUAGUCCGUCCAUAUUUGUAGAUGAUAUAUUAAUGAAUGAAUAAAUAUUUUUUUAUAUUG